AUCUCAUCAACAAAACCCCCACCCAUCCUCCAACUCCUCCCGUUGUUUCUCGCCCCAACCCCCCAAUCUCUUCACCCUCGAAUUCGAUCCCCGUCCCUCCUCCGAUCCGAACCCGGCGGCCGCCGAUAGCGAUUCAGAUCGCCACCGCCACGGGACGCCGGCGAUGUUCCCGCCAGUGGAUGGAUAGCAGCUUGAGAAGGAAGGGAUCGACGAGCCGCUGCUGAGGGUAGAAAGAGAAGAUGCCCGGCCUGUUGCAGAGGAACACAGAAUUCGGCAAUGCUCCGCCGCCGCACGCCGCUGCCGGAUCCACGUCAGCCAGCGGAAUCUGGUCCAAGCAUCCGGAUGGCAUCACCUUCGAUCAGCUCCAGAAGUUCUGGAGUGAGCUACCCCGUCAGGCUCGACAGCAGCUCCUGAGGAUAGAUAAGCACACCCUCUUUGAGCAAGCUCGCAAGAACCCUUAUUGUUCCAGGUGCAAUGGGUUGCUACACGAUGGCUUCACACAGAUUGUCAUGUAUGCGAAGUCAUUGCAGCAGGAAGGUGUGGGUAUGCACCUUCCUAAUAAAAUAGGGACCUCCAAGACUCAGAGUGAUAGCGAAUUAGAUGAAGUGCAGGAUCCGGCUGUGCACCCUUGGGGAGGCCUGGCAGCAACCAAGGAUGGUAGACUAACGCUUCUUAACUGCUUUAUAAAUGCAAAGUCACUGGAGACUCUUCAGAAUGUUUUUGACAUUGCCCGAAUAAGGGAACGUGAACGUGAGCUGCUUUACCCUGAUGCAUGUGGGGGAGGAGGCAGGGGAUGGAUUAGUCAUGGGAUGGCUAACUAUGGCAGAGGGCACGGAAUUGGUGAAACAUGUGCCUUGCACACUUCCAGGCUUUCUUGUGAUACCCUAGUGGAUUUCUGGUCUGUGCUGGAUGAGGAAACUGGAUCAUCUCUUCUAAGGAUGAAGGAGGAGGAAUUCAUGGAUAGACUUACAUUCAGGUUUGAGAGCAAGAGGUUUUGCAGAGAUUGCCGAAGAAAUGUCAUCGGUGAAUUCAAAGAGUUGAAGGAACUAAAGCGCAUGCAAAGGGAACCCCACUGUACUAGUUGGUUUUGUGCUGCAGAUACAGCUUUCCAAUAUGAGGUAUCAGAGGACACCGUGCAAGCUGAUUGGCACCUGUCAUUCAUGGACAUGGUUGGAACAUAUCAUCAUUUUGAAUGGGCAAUUGGAACAGGAGAAGGAAAAUCAGACAUUUUAGACUUCAAAGAUGUUGGGAUUAAUGGAAAUGUGCAGGUGAAUGGACUUGAUCUUGGUGGUUUGAGUGCAUGCUUUAUUACUCUGAGGGCUUGGAAGUUUGAUGGCUGUUGUACUGAGCUCCAUGUAAAGGCACAUGCAUUGAAGGGACAACCAUGUGUCCAUCGCAGGCUAAUAGUAGGGGAUGGAUUUGUGACAAUAACAAAAGAGGAAAGUAUCAGAAGGCUUUUUGAGCAUGCUGAAGAAGUUGAGGAAGAAGAGGAUGAUGAUGCUAUGGACAAGGAUGGAAAUGAACCUACUGGUGAUAAAAACCGUCCACAGAAGCAUGCCAACAGUCCUGAGCUUGCACGAGAAUUCCUUCUAGAUGCUGCAGCAGUAAUAUUCAAAGAACAGGUAGAAAAGGCUUUCAGAGAAGGUACAGCUAGACAAAAUGCACACAGUAUGUUUGUUUGUCUUGCCCUCAAAUUGCUGGAAGAGUGUCUUCAUGUUGCUUGCAAAGAGAUCAUUACAUUAGAAAAGCAGACCAAGCUUCUAGAGGAGGAAGAAAAAGAGAAACAUGAACAAGAAGAGCGCAAGGAGAGGAGGAGGACAAAAGAAAGAAAAAAGCUUAGAAGGAAAGAGAGGCUGAAAGGAAAGGAAAGGGAAAGAGAAAAGAAACUUAUUGAGCCAAAUUCACUUAAUGAGGAUUCAUCAUCCUCUUCAAAUGAUUUACUCACAAGCACACAUGAUAAAUCUACCACUCUUGACUGUGGGAAUUCAGUUAGUGAACUAGGAAAUAUGCCUAUUUCUCCUAAUGUUACAGAUAAACAAACCUCAAGUGAGCAUCAAUGUUAUAUUGAUGGAGAGCUUGGUGCUAGGGAUGGAAAUGGCUCUUUUGUUCUCAAGCAGUCAAGAUCAUCAAGGAGGAAAUUGAGAUUCAGAAAAGAUUAUGUUCUGGAUCAGGCUUCUAGUUGGUAUGAUGAGCACCAAUUUUGCAUUAGCAAUAAGAGUAGUAUUCAGCAAGACAAUUCUGAUUCAAAUGGAUGCAUAUUGUCUUCAUCUAGGGGCAUGAUUGGCCUUCCCAGGCUAUCAAAAGAAAGGGUUGUGAAGGGCAACACUAGAAAGUGCAACCUCAAAUUCCAUGAAAAAUUCCACAGUUCAAAGAGUAGAAUGCGGGAUAGAUUUGACUUCCAGUCCUGUAGCUGCAACCAACUGGCUGAUUACAGAGGAAAGGAUGGGUAUCAAAUUUCUACAGUCAGAUCAGGUUGCGAGAUCAAGAUUGCACAUAAAACAAAAGGCACACUUGUUAUGCCCAGGUCGUUCUAUCGAAGUGCUAAAUGCAAUCAGGGUUGCCAUGUGCCGGAUUUUGUUGUCAUUUCAAAGGGAAAGCAUGUUGGAUGUUCUUUUGGCAAGGAUUUUUUCAACACAAAACAAGUUUGGGAACCAUUAAAUGCACGUAAAAAGUGCUCUCGAAGCAGUUCUAAUCCUGACUUUACUUUGGGAACCACUUCUAAGGCUAACCAAUCUGAAGGAGCUAGAUUUGUUAAAGAUGAGAAUGGAUGCAAGCAACCAUGUAGUGUGCUUGAAUCACUACAUCUCUGCUUCUCUGAGCAUUCUGCAAGUUCAGGAAAAGUUGAAUCUUUGAGCAGUUAUCAACUUCAUGAGAGUAGCAGGAAGAACUCUGAUAAAUCUGUUUUAAGUGGCCGCAAUGGUACCCAGAAUGGAUUUGUUGUAGUAGCGAAGUCAGAUUGCUACUCGAAGAAUGGUGCAGAGGAGGAAGUUGGUUCAUGUCCCAUGUCUAUACUUCCAAUGAGUAAUACUUGUAAGCAGGUAACAAACUCAUCUAGUUCGGACAACUGCUCAUCUUGUCGUAGUGAGGGAGACAGCAGCCCCAGUUCCUCAAGUGCUCAAAAUGCAGAAUCAUCAUCAACUUCAGAUUCAGAAGAUGCUAGCCAACAAUCUGAUGGCAGAGAUAUAUCAAUAUGUGAUGGAAAUAACUUUCACAAAUAUCUGGAUGAAGCUGCAGAAAGCAAUUACAAGACAAAUGGAUGCAAAACUUUCACCAGGACGAGUACAGUGUUUGCAGCCGAGAGCUGUCCACUGCCAAACCUUUCGAGGGAAAGUUCAAGAAAAGCUGUCUACAGUUCUGAUAAUGCUCGGUUUGGAUUUGAUAUGGUCCCUUCACAGGAGCACAUUUUAUCGGUGCAUAACCAAAGCAACCAUGUGCCACUGUUUCCUUGUCAGAACAUGGGGUAUCAUAAUCAUAGUGCAGCUUCUUGGUCACCUACUCAUGCCACUGAAUUGAUGCCAUUUUACCGGCCCACCCAAUACUUUCUCCAUAACCAUCCAGGAUACAACCUAGCGGCAAACCGAUCCUCAAAUUUCUGUAUGCAGUACAGUACCGUUCAACCUUUAUCAGCUCCUGCAUUUGACGCAAACCAACUUUCCUUUUACCAGACUGCUAAUGGAGUCAAGAAUGCAAGCUCAAAGGAGCAAUACAGUGAUCUUGGUUCAUGUGGAUUCCGGGAGGUCAGUGCUGUUGCUGAGCUGAUAGAAGGUAUCUGUCCUCAGGAGUGGUCAUUUCCAAGUAGCUGUAUCCCUCCAAAAACACCAUCAGUGGGACAAAAUGGAAGUGUUGAAAAUGCUGCUAAAUCAUAUAAUGGCAGUCCGUCCUUCUCGUUGUUUCACUUUGGUGGUCCAUUGGAUGGGGUUGCUGCAGAGUUCAAUCUGGAUCCACUUUCUUUGAAAGAAGAAACUAUGGGAGGAUUCAUCUCUAAGAUACCUGCAGCUCAGGAUGAUACAUGCUCAAAGGAAGAGACAAAGAUUGAAGAGUACAGCUUGUUUUCUGGUAGAAAUGGUGCUAGGUUUUCGUUCUUCUAGUGCAGUCUAUAUAGUGGCUGCAAGGGGGCUGGUGGAGCAUUCAUCUACUUCAUUGCUUCGGUUGUGAAUGCAAUCACUUCACUGUGGUAAAAGUAAUCUUUAUCAAAAAUUUUAGUAUAUUUUGAUUUGUUGAUGCUUCCAAUUUGCGCUUUAUUGUUUCGGAUUGUAGAAAAAAAUGUGAGUGAUAUAGCUUUCUUUCAAAGCAAGGUAAGAUUUCCUUAAUUUGAUGAAAUAUUUGAUCGGUAA